UCUUCUUGUACUGUAACCACAUCACAAUUCCCACAUCCGACUGCCGCCCAACGCUGAAGCUGCCUUGAAAAACAACAUGAUCGCCAAAGCCCCUCGCCCUCCGCGGGUGGCCAUCAUCAGAAACUAUUUGCUGGAUGGCUCCUGGGGCCAGGAUAUGCUCGACUCUUUCAGCCAACUCAUCCUUGCUGCAGAGCCCGAUGCCAAUAUUCAAUACUUCCAACCCCUUGAAGGAGGAGACCUCCCUGAUGCAUCGAGGUUCGACCUUGUUAUAUUGACUGGUGGCACCUAUGAUUUGACCCUCCCGGACACUGAUCCUUGGGUCGCCAAACUUCUGGGAUGGAUCAGGGAUACUGUCUCCCGCAAUCCCGAGACCAAGCUGCUCGGUAUCUGCUGGGGACAUCAAGCUAUAUCGCAUGCCUUGGGAGGCAAGAUAGCAUACCGGAAAGAUGGCACUCUGAUUGACGUUGUGGACGUUCGUCUCACCAAUGCUGGCCGGAAUUUCUUUGAUGGAUAUGAACUACUGCGAAUGCAUAAAUUUCACAAACGGAUCGUGCUCGAGCCAGGAUCGGGAUUGCAACCACUGGCAGAAGACAAUGAAGUCUUUGCCUCUCCCUCCGGACAAAUCCUGACCUUUCAGGGCCACCCCGAGAUGACAGCCAAGAUUGCACAAGGCAUCCUAGACCACCGAGACCUGUCAUAUCUCAAUCUAGCUGAUUCCAGUCCUGAGGGUGUUGCGCAGCUGCACAAAGGUUUGGAGAAGGUCGAGGAUGGAAAGCAAGCAUUCGCAAGGGUCAUGUCUUGGGCCUUUGGACCCCAAGCAUAAAUCAAGCGACUGAGUGUCCCUUCGUAAAAUUGGAGGUUUGAAGUCCACAGUAUUUGAAAUCCGUCUCCCUUGAGAAGGAAACGACCUUCUAGAUGAUUUA